UUUCAUGAUAGACACACAUAAUGACAUAAUGACACUCCCCCUUUGAUUUGUAAAAAUAAUUUUGGCAAAUAGUUCAGUACUACUUUAUGGAAUUAAUGUGGGAAGGAUAUAUCUUAAGAUUAAAAUGAUAUUUUUUUUCAGUUGAUAUGUCGCUGAUGUGCAUUACAACAAUUUAGUUUCAAUUUCCAAGAGACUAUCUUCAAAACAGAUCCAAAUUGAAGAUGUUUAUCAGUGGACUGAACUAUGUUUCAAAAAUGAAACCUACUGCAUUUGUAUGAAAUAGUCACUGGACAAAAAGAAAUAGUCCAAAGCAAUUAAAUGGAAUCUAAUGAAAUUUUAUCUUCAUCGCCGUCAACAUCAUUAUCAGUAUCUAUGGCCAACGGGACUAGCACAUCAUCAUCGGUGGAAGAGUCUAUAAGCAUGAAUAUUACAGAGGGAUUUUCUGCUGAAAGUUUCUAUGAGGCUGUUACAUCAAGUGUACGUGAUAUCAUUAAUACAAUAGCAACACUUCCAUUACAUCAUGAUCAUAUCACUACUGCACAUUCAGAAUUUGCUUGUGUUGGGAGUGAAUUGUCUGAACCAGAUUUUCAACUUUAUGCAUGCUCUGGUAGUAAGAUUACAUCAUGGAUUGCUAGUGUAUUUUUGAUCAGUAUGAGCAUAUUUGGUAUCAUAAAAUGUCUCGGAACUCAUGGAAUUCUGAAUAUUUGUGACCUACGACGUAGUGGAAUAAGCUUCCCUAAACGACCAGAAUUCUUUGUGCUGACUUGUUCAAGUUUACCACUUGUUGUCAGUGUUCUUUCAAGACCCUUAUUCACACCUUUAUCUCCAAUGCACAAAUACUUUAUCCUAGGAUGGGGUAUGGCACAGACGCGUUUCUUUUUCGAUUUAUUCACUAGAACUGCUACUAUUUAUCACCUUGUCUAUUGGGUCUAUCGUACACCGAUUAUACACUUAAUCUGGCACAUUUGUUUCAUAUGUGAACUUCAGUGUAAGAAAAUACACGAAAAUACAAAAGUACUGUUCCAACGACGAAAAUCUGUUACUAAAACUGUUAAAGCAUCACCAAAACGUUAUAGUAAACAACAGCCAACUGGUCGAGGAAGAACUACCGAAUGGGGUUAUGCUGAUAAAAGGCGUAAAUCACGAUCCGGUAAGAGUUUUCGUACAACUAGUGAUUCAGUACCAUCACCUAAAUCGUCAUCAACUAAUAAUUCAGGCGGUUUGAAUGAAAAGAACAACAUACCCACUCCAGUUGUCAAUGCUGGUGGAGUGAGUCUGAUUGCACCGCAGCCGUUGAUUCCUGGCUCGAUUAACCAGUUGCCACCUGAUAUGGUACCUAAUUUAAAUGGUAUAAUGAAUCCUUAUGGACAAAUGAUGGUUAUGCCAGAUGGUUAUAACAUGUUUCCCGGAGGAGCUGUCGGCCAACAAACAAAUCCAUAUGCAAUGAAUAUGGGGUAUGGAAUGGGCUAUGGAAUGCCAAUGAAUAUGAACAAUUACAUAAAUCAAGUGAAUGCUUAUAACCAAGCCAACUUUAUGUAUCCUAUGGCAAACGGAAUGAAUUCUGAUACAGGAAAGGAUAGUUCUACGAAUACAACAGUGACCGAUAAGCCAUUGCUCAACGACACACCAGAAAAAGCAGCACAGAUUAAACAAAAACCCAAGAUUGAAAUUCCUCCACCAACUGAACAAUUUCUGUACCGCUGUAAACGCAUUCUACCAGGUUGCAUUUAUAUAGCCUCUUUUCUAAUUACUCUGCCGUCGAUUGCUGCAUUUGAACCAGAAGAAGUAGACGGUAUGAUUUUGGCUAGAUGUACUACAAUGUGUCGUUCUUAUUUUUAUUACGAUUUGGUUGUAUUGAUCACCCUACCAACCGUCUCUGUGAUCACUGCCUUCUACUAUUCUGCAUUAAGUAAAAAGCAGAUUAACGGAGAAAAGAAAAUGACAUACCGUUUAAGAUGCUAUUAUGUAACAUUCAUUCUGUUAAAUAUUCCAAUGUUUGUUUUAAUGCUCACGUCUAUUGGUUUCCGUUUGAGUGAAAAACCAUAUCGUAAUAUUUAUGGAACUGGUAUAUUGAUUGCUAUGACUGCUUAUCAUACAAAUUUCGCUUUAAAAUCAACCGUCUAUACAACUGGUUGUAACUGUAUUUGUUGUUCAGAUAGUUGUUUAAUUCGAUAUCCAAAAGUUGGUAGAAUGAUUGCUUCAUUUACAACUCCAGUAGCUGUUAAAGAUAAAGAAGCCCUGCUAGAAGGUAUGGUUAUUCCAGUACGUUAUGAAAAAUAG